AUGUUGCCUACCCUAGCAGUCCCCACCACAUAUGGCUGUAUUGACGGUAAGCUACCACAGGCAGACUACCCAACAGCUCUAAACCUUAUGUUCUGCACAGUGGUUAUCACCAUUGUCAUAGACCUCACUGGCAACUCCAUGGUCAUUUUGAGAACAAGAAGCUCCAAAACUUUGUGCUUUUCAGGCAAUAUUGUUGUGGUUAGCCUCUCUCUCACUGAUGUGCUGGUGGCCAUCUACCUCUACCCUUUGAUGCUGCAUGCCAUGGCAAUUAGAGGCUAGGAUCUGAGCCAGUUCCAGUGCCAGAUGGCUGGAUUCAUCACAGGGCUGAGUGUGGUCAGCUCUAUCUUCAAUAUCAUGGCAAUUGCCAUCAAUCAUUACUGCUACAUCUGUCACAGCCUCCAGUACGAGCAUAUCUUCAGUGUGUGCAAUACCUGCAUUUACCUGGUCAUUACCUGGUCGUACCUGACUGUCCUGGCCAUCCUGACCAACAUGUAUAUUGGUACCAACAAGUAUUAUCCUCACACCUAUAUCUGCAUCUUCAACUAUCUGAACAACCCCAUCUUUGCUGUGACCGUUGUCUGUAUUCACUUUGUCCUCCCCCUGCUCAUAGUGGGUUUCUGCUAUGUGAUCUGGAUGAAAAUACUGGUGGCCUGUGACCCUGUUGGGAAAAAUCCUGACAACCAACUUGCUGAGGUUCACAAUUUUCUAACCAUGUUCAUGAUCUUCCUCCUCUUUGCAGCGUGCUGAUGCCCUAUCAAUGUGUUCACUGUCUUGGUGGCUGUCAGUCCGAAAGAGAUGGCAUGCAAGAUCCCCAACUGGCUUUAUCUUGCAACCUACCUCAUAGCCUACUUCAACAGCUGCCUCAGUGCUGUGAUCUAUGGGCUCCUUAAUGAGAAUUUCUGAAGAGAAUACUGGACCAUGCUCCAUGCUAUACAACACUCCAUUCUCUUCCUCUCUAGCCUCAUCACUGAUGUGUAUGAGAUAUGAGAGGUCUGGGCCCUAACCCGUGCCUGCGUCCAUGCCCAUGACUGAGCUAGAGAGCAAAACUAUGAAUAAGAUAAUGUCCGUGCCUGUUAUGCUCUGGAGGAAACACCAAUGAAUGUCUGGAACAUUCCACUACCUGGUAAUGCAGCCACUGGCUAACCUCAGUAUGCCUCUGGCCACCCACAAGCUGGCCUCUGGAACUUUAGACCUGCCUCUGCCUACUGAAAAUCUGUCUCUGGCCACCAAAAGUCUGUCUUUAGUCCCUCCAAGCUUGUCUCUGGCCACCUCAGGUCUGUCUCUAGUCACCCCAAUUCUGCCACUGUAUAACCUAAGCCAACUACCUCUGUUCAUUUUAAGGCCGACUCUACCAAGACUGACUCUUUCCAUUUCAAACCUGCCCCUAGCCACUCCAGGACUAUCGCUGGUCACCACAUCCCUGCUGGCAGCAAUUCCAAGAGUGCCUUCGGUCCUGUAACCAGCUGCCUUAAAACAACCGCUGGCCAGGUCAAGCCUGCUACCAGCCACCCUGAUUCCACCACCUCCAACUAUCCUGAGCCUGCUGCCACUAGCCUGCUUAAGCCUGCCAUCUGA